AUGGCAUCGAGGAGCAGAGAGGAGAUGACGGCCGCGGUGUUCCCGGUCAGGGUCUUCACCCUGGAGGAGGAGGAGGUGGAGGAGGAGGAGGUGGAGGAGCAGCAGCGGAUGCAGGAGGCGCUGGGAGGCGCUCCUCAGGUGACGGUGCGCCGGCACCGACCCGGCGGGGACCUGACCCUGAUGCUCCGCACCGCCGCCGGGCCCCUGGGGGGAGUGAACCUCAGGGUGCAGGACGGCGAUGGAGGGUCUGUGUUUGACAUCAGCUUCUCCAGUGAAACCAGUAGCUGUCGGGUGGGAUCCCAGUCUCUGCUGGUCACUCACGGUGGUCUCAGCAUUCUGCUACUUUGCAAAUCCCCCGCCGACGUGCAGAACAUCUGCCAGCUGCUGUUUAGAUCGGACAAUGGCCGCCAAGACGGCCGCCAAGAACGGCCCCAAGAUGGCCACCAAGAACGGCCCCAAGAUGGGCCCCAAGAAAGGCGACAAGAUGGCCCCCGCUCCAACACUGCUGACCGGAGAAUGGCAGAGUCCGUGGCCAUGAAGUAUUUUAUGUACCCCGGCUGUCUGUCCCAGCAGCAGAACCUGCUCCAGGACUACCAGCGGACCGCCACGUACCAGAGAGCCUUCCUGGACAACGAGGCGGACUUUAGGGACAAGGUGGUCCUGUGUGUGGGCGGGGGCUCCGGGAUUCUGUCUUUCUUUGCAGUCCAGGCCGGAGCUAAGAGGGUCUACGCUGUCGAGACCCCCCCCAUUGCCGAAUACCUGAAGGUCCUGCUCGGGGGUAACGGUCUCUCUCUCUGUAGGUCCUGCUCGGGGGUAACGGUCUCUCUCUCUGUAGGUCCUGCUCGGGGGUAA